AUAACUAAGGCCUAUCCAGGUGGAAAAUUUGCAAAACCGCCCCUAUUUUUUUUAGUGAAAUAUUAAAAAUCUGCACUUGAUAUCUUAAUAAAAAAAAAUAAUGGCAUUACUAACAUGGAUCUUACGGUGACUGAAGUGAGAAUGAAAUUACCAGGCUGAUGAAGAUUUAAUCAAACAUUUCUGUUUCAGGGAUUCAUAUAUUCAUGGCGAGCUCAGAGCAGUGUAUUGUUGCGUCGUUGGGCACGAAGAGAAAGGCGGCUUCACCACUUCCGACUUCCAAACGACUGAGAACGACGGAAAACGGCAUUUAUUACAAUAAAGGAGAGACUGAAAUGGAGGUUCCUGCAAAUUUGUUGAAAGAUGAAGUCUCCCAAGAUGACUUGAUGCUGAUCUUGGACGAGGAAGAUGACGAUGUAUUUAGUACUGAUGCGUUUAUGGAAGUGUUAUGUAACAUUAAAAACUAUCCUGACGAAUACGAUAUGGACAUGGAAGAAGACAGAGUUUUUAGCCAUGAAGAAUGUAUGGAUGUAGUAUGCAACAUUGAAAAAGAUCCUAACAAUUUGGGAGACGUAUACGUUGAAAACUGUAAGGACGAGGAAGAAGACGGUGUGUUUAAUAUUAAAGAAUUUAUUGAAGUUAUAUGCGACAUUAAAAAUUAUCCUGACACUAUGGGAGGAGAAUGCGAAGAAGAAGAAAGAGAAUGUACUUGUAACAGAAGCUCCAAAUCCUAUCUCGCCUGCAACGUUUGCUGUCUUAACUCAACCUCAACCUCCUGGCGAAGAAUCAGUACCCCAGCCUGCUGUACCUUUUACAACAUUACAAAAUCCAUUUCUCGAUCUAGAGAAGAAAAGAAAAAACUUGAAUUUGAGUGGUUUGCUCCAGAAGCUCCAUAUCUAACCUUGCUUGUAACAUUAGUUUUAUUUAUUCAACCUUCUCCCACUAGUAAAGAACCAGUACCUCAUUCUGUCGAAUGCAUGCAUCUUAAACACACAAUCUACCAAAAAUGCAUCUAUGUUUAAAAGAAAGUGAAAUGUCUGGUCUUUGUUUUAUCAUGUAAAUAAUAAUUAGGCUACUGGUUUGUAUAUUAAUUUGUGGGUCGAAGGUUAAUUGUAUAAUGUUAUAAAUGUUAAAUUUUGUAAACGUUGUAUAAAGGA